CAACAGAGGCAGCAACAGACCCAUCGUGGUAAAUGUAAACGUAAAGGACAAUAAAACUAAUCGGUGGUGGAUGAUAAACUUGUUUACCAGCUAACGUUACGUUCACAGGUUAUUACAACAUUAACUUACGUUGGAAUAAGGUAAAAAAAAUAAUGAUUUAGUCAAGGACAGAGUGUGUUUUUGUAAUGUCUGUCUCUUAAAAUCAGCCACACGAGAAACAAGCAAGUUCAUGAAACGUUUGGUAUUAAUGUGUUAAGAUAAUUAUGCUGCCAUCCGUUUAUCAUGGGAUAUGGAGAGCUGCUGUCCACACACUAAGGACAAGCAGAGGAACUCCACCUCGCAGAUUCUUGUCCAGUUGCGAUGGACUCCCGGUUGGACUGGCUGAUGCUGAGACCAUCUUUGCGUUGUCAUCGGGCCACGGCAGGUGUGGGGUGGCUGUGGUACGAGCCAGCGGUCCAGCUUCAGCCACAGUUCUGCGGUGUAUGGCCGGGCUCACACGCAGCCUUCCUCCUCCACGCACCGCCCUUUUACGCAGCAUCACAGAUCCCCAAUCAAAAGAAGUGCUGGACCGUGGACUUGUCCUCUGGUUCCCAGCUCCUCACAGUUUCACAGGAGAGGACUGUGUGGAGUUCCACAUCCACGGUGGUCCUGCUGUCAUUACUGCUGUCUUACAGGCCCUUGGAAGCGUGCCUGGCAUGAGGCCUGCAGAAGCUGGAGAGUUCACGCGGAGAGCCUUUCAAGCAGGGAAACUGGGUUUAACAGAGGUGGAGGGGCUCGGGGAUCUGAUCCAUGCUGAGACAGAGGCCCAGAGGAGGCAGGCUCUCAGGCAGAUGUCAGGAGAGCUGGGACACCUUUAUCAGGACUGGAGCUACAGACUGAAACGGUGUCUGGCUCACGUUGAAGCCUUCAUAGACUUCAGCGAGGAUGAGCUCAUUGAGGAUGGGGUCUUAAACCAAGUGGACAGAUCGGUGUGUGAUCUGCAAGCAGAGAUUGAGCGACACCUAAAGGAUGAGAGGAGGGGCGAGCGGCUACGCAGUGGAGUCCACGUGGUCAUCGCAGGAGCCACCAACGCAGGGAAAAGUAGCCUCCUGAACACACUCUGCCAGAGACCUGCAGCCAUUGUGUCUCCCAUUGCUGGCACCACCAGAGACGUAGUAGAGACGGCACUGGACAUUGGCGGAUUCCCUGUCCUCUUGAGUGACACAGCCGGCCUCAGAGAGAGCCCCGACCUGGUGGAGAGAGAAGGAGUCCGCCGGGCUCGAGAAAGAGUGGAGCAGGCUGAUCUGACUCUGGUGGUUGUGGACUGUACUAAUCUUCCCUCUGAUGCACAGCAAGCUUCAGCCUUCCUUCAAGAACACCUCAGGAGUGUCCUGCCCAGCCAGGAGCAGCCUGAGACGGUAUUUCCUGCAAACAGGUUUCUCCUAGUGCUGAAUAAAACAGACCUGUUGCCCCAGGAGCAGAAGCUGAAGCUGGACGGGGAGCUGAGACAGGUCUCUGGACUCUCUCCUUUUUGUCUUAUCUCUUGCCACAAUAAUGAAGGUUUGCAGGACUUCCUCACAGUGCUGCACAGCCAUGUCAAGACUCUGUGUGGCGACCCUCUGUCUGGUGCCCCCACCCUGACCCAGGCCCGCCACAGGGCCCACCUGCAGCAGUGUUUUGCGGCCCUGGCUCAGUACCAGCAGUACCGCGACAUCGACCUGGCCCUGGCAGCUGAGGGUGUCCGGUUGGCUCUCACCAGCCUGGGCCGGAUCACUGGACGGGUCGGGGCAGAGGAGAUCCUGGAUAUCAUCUUCAAAGACUUCUGCAUUGGGAAAUAGUUGGAUGAGUAGCAGCAAAAACAUAAAAUACAUGUAACAUUAGCCUGCUCAGAGAGGAAGGCUGCAUUCUUGUUUGGUCCCAGGGUAUCAGUAAAGCUACAGCCUCGGCACUACGCCAGGCUUCGAGGCACAGCGAGGGAAAAAAGAAUGAAAUUCAUGUUCUUGGCUGCAGGAUCACUCUCCCAAGACACAGAAAUGUUUGUUUUCUGUUGAUGCUUUUCAACAGACUAAAAUAGUUUUAGCGUGAUGACAGGUGCCUCAGAGGCCCAAUAUGCUGGACAAGUGUUCGGCAAAUUCUUGAGUCGUAAUUUUAAAAAUAGGUUUUGAAAGCCUUUGAUAGGUGAAUAUAGGGCUCUUGGGUCGCAACAUAACAGCCAAGAUCAUUUAAAAUAUAGCCAGCUGCAGACAUCUGCAAGGUCAUGGACGAGUCUAGAUGUUUACUUGUACUGCAGGACAAUGAAGAAUAUUAUUUUUGGUAUCAUUUCAGCUCUACUCCUUUGUGUGUGUGUUUAGUGGAAAUUCACACAUUGACACCUGAAACUUUGUAGGGCAACUCUAAAUCCUUUGCUGUGACAUUAAUUUAAUUAGCAAACAAUGUACCUGUGUUCAUGUGUGAAUUGUCCACAUGAAUAUUUAAAAUGAAGACAUUUAUUUUAUACAUAAUUAAAACAUGUCACAUGGGAUCUUUGAUGUUGAAUAAAUGGGAUGAUGAGUGUUUUUGUAUCAAAUCAAAUUUAUCUCUCUUUUUACAACAAGGAGGCAGUGCGACAAGCUGUAAACACAAUAUUAACGUGUUCUUGUCUAAUAGUUGUUAGUAGAUGUGUUUUAGUUGUAUUAGUUGCCUAUUUACACAUCCAGCAGAGCAAUGUUUGCAUCGUGUUUCAACACAUACAUAAGUUUUUGUCUCUACCAACUCCCUAAGGAUGUGUCUUUGGCUCUUUGGCUGCUAAAUGUGCCACUACUGAAUGUUCCCCAGCUGGUUACAGUACAAUAUUUCCCUCUGAGAUGUAGUGGAGUAGAAGUAUAAAGCAGCAGUAACUGCAAACACUAAAGUACCUCAUAAUUGUACUUCAGUACAGUACUUGAAUAAAUGUACUUAGUUACUUUCAGUCAUUUUGAUCCUAAUGCUAUUUGCUAAUAUAUAAAUAUUUUUUUAGUUUAACUUUAAAUUAGAAUAGAUUUUUGCAUGUCAUUACAUGUUUAAAGCUGCAUCAGCUUCUUACUGUAAUCAAGCACUUGCAUGAUGCACUUCACAUAUUCAUACCCUCAUCACAUUAAACCUAUAAUAUUACCUGUUCUUACAAAGAUUGCAGUAGCUGUCAUCAUCACAUUUACUACAUAUACUGUAUAGCCUCUGAUUUAUUCCAUUGUGAACUACAUUUUUAGUCGAGAUCCCACCAUAAAGCACAACAUAAUAGACAUACAGUAUGUAAAGAAAGUCAGAGUGACCCAGCUCCUCUCUCCUCUGUGGGAAAGGGACGUUUUUAAGGCGAUGUUCUCUGUACCUUUUGUUCCCCUGUCAAUCUGGCCUCGAUCAAAUAUUUAUGUUUCCUUGUUGAACUCCUCACCCUUCUUCCCCAGUUGGUUUCUUCUCUCCCUGUCUCUGACGACAUUUGCACCGCUUUACACCAGCAUAACUGCCUGUUUCUCUCUCUCGCUGCCUUUUUGUCUCUCUCCGUCUCUGCUACCUGACCUUUCCUCUUUCCAGGCCGCUCUGUCAGCCUUUUUGUCCUCUUUCAUGUUCUCCCUGAUUAAUUACAACACAGGGGAAGUUUAAGCUAAAAGUGGGACUGUCGUACAAUUUAGAGGCAGUAAAUUUUGGGGCCUGGUUCGUCUUUGAAGUAUAGCUGAAUGUGAUACCCUUUGGAUCAUGUUUACCACAAUUGUAAAAUGUGUUGGAUAGUAAUUGCCAAUAAAUAAAGAAAUACCACUUU